UCUUCACUUGACGUCUAGUCUCUCUGUUGGGGUGCACGCGGAUUGACCACUCCUUUUGGCCUCUCUCUUUUCCUUGGAUAUUUGGGGGGGAAAAGCUAAUCCACAAACAUGACUGACGCUCAACAAGAGGCCCGCUCCUACCUGAGCGAGGAAAUGCUGGCUGAAUUCAAAGCCGCCUUCGACAUGUUCGACACCGACGGUGGCGGUGAUAUCAGCACCAAGGAGUUGGGUCAGGUGAUGAGGAUGCUGGGCCAGAACCCGACAAGAGAGGAGUUGGAUGAGAUCAUCGAGGAGGUCGAUGAGGACGGUAGCGGUACCAUCGACUUCGAGGAGUUCUUGGUCAUGAUGGUGAGGCUGCUAAAGGAGGACCAGGCCGGCAAGAGCGAGGAAGAGUUGGCAGAGUGCUUCCGUGUAUUCGACAAGAACGGCGACGGCUACAUCGACAGAGAGGAGUUCGCCCUCAUCAUCCGCAGCACCGGCGAGCAGAUCUCAGAGGAUGAGAUUGAUGAGCUGUUGAAGGAUGGAGACAAGAACGCCGACGGCAUGCUGGACUAUGACGAAUUCCUCAAGAUGAUGGAGAAUGUGCAGUAAAACCUGAAAGACUCAUGGACAUUCCUCCUCCUCCCUGUGAACCCCCCAUUCUGAUCACAUCUGACCCCCCAAUGACCCACUCAAACUCCCCUCCACCCACCCAACACACUCCCUCUCCUCCCACCUCUCCAUCUGGUUCACUGCCUCGCUUCUCCAUCCUUAAGACAUCCUCAACAGACAGCUAGGGCACCCGGCGGGGGUCGCUGGGGGGGCAACACUCUUCCCUAGCUUGCUUGUGAAUGCAGACAGCCCAUGGAUGCUGCGCUGACGCUGUACCCCGUGACAGGAUGGCAAGGCUGCAGUGGGGAAAUUCACUGCACACACCUUUAUGUGGCAUGCAUGCGUUAACAGGCGCGUGUGAUCAGCGACCCCCCCAACCACCUGCUGGUAAAGCUCUGAUCUAGAUGUAGAUCUAGAUAGAAUGGCAGCCUGUUACCUGCUGCUUAGACCAAUUCAUUCAACCAAAUUACUGUGCAAAGAAGAAACUUGCUUGAACAGAAUAAAUGAAUUAACACAUGCUCACUUGUAGCUGGUCUGUCAUAUUUAUGGUCUGUGUAAAAAAAUGUUUUGAGGAAUAUCAAUAAAAUCGGUUUGUUUCUUC